GUCAUUCUUAUAACCAUGUCGCAUGUGUGCGGUACGUUAUGUGUAUGCAGUGAGAAUAUGCAUUAUAUCAAUUGCGAGAGACAGUCGAUCUGCUCGGACUUAGAGGAAAUCCUGAGGCGAGGUGUAAUAGGGGGUAACUGCGCCCUGGGUUCGACCCCCAGCGCCGUGGCUGAAUCCGGAGAGGUGACCGGGCUGUAUACGAUCCCUCUGGUGAUAGUUGGGGUGUUCACAUUCGUGGUGCUAGUUGCGGCCCUGUGUCUAUAUUGUGUCUGGCGGGUUGGAAUGAUUUGUAAAAACCGCGUUCAAGCUCCCUACACUAGAGCACCACCUAGUGAGACCCUGGGUGUGGCGUUUGAGCUCGAUGGGACGCAAGAGGAGCGCCAGGCUAUUGCAGACUUUGUGGGGGCUUCGUCAGACGAGGAGGUCGUGUUUGACGUUUCCAGUGUGUGAAUGAUACGGGGACCGUACGAGACCAACUGUGCAGACAAGGCUGGUUAAUAUAAAGGACUUUAGUGACUGAAAGACUUGUACAUAGUUGUAAAUAAACUCUUAGUUAAUCGUGAACCACGUGGUUGAGGACGGUUAAAGAUGUACAUAGUUUUACUACCAGAGUCUGAUAUGGAGCUACAUGUGUGUUACCUGUUUAUGAACAUAUAGCUAAAGUGGGCGCUUGGUUCAUGCCCGAACGCUGGAGGCUUUUACCCAGGCACAAAUUGUCUCUCUGUGUAUAUGAAUGCAUAACAUCUGAAGUUUUUUUACUUUUUAAUAAAAUUGUUUGUAACCUUA